AUGGCGACCGAGGACGACACAAAACGGUCCAAGUUCCUGAAAAAGUCCAAGUGGGGAAAGCUGUUCAAGGAAAACGACACCGCCGCCGCCGGAGGGCCUGGCGGAGGGGGAGGCGGAGGAGGAGGAGCAUUCAAACUCGCCGACGAUGUGCAGGACUUCCUCAAACCUUCGACGGAGAAGAAUGUCCCGAAACUCGACAUAGCCCUGGCCAAGCGCUGGCCGGAUGCUCACGAGGUUCGACUGGUGGCUGCGACGGACGACAAUCAUGCGACCAAGCCGAAGAAGAGGAGGAAAGAGGGGCUGACGGUGAGCUUUGCAAAGACCUUGCCGGAGAUUAUGGGAGAGGGAGGAGAUGAGGCACCGGAUCCGCCACAGGAAAUAUCACGGAGAAAGGCCAUGCUCAGUCGAUCCGUGUCGGAUAGAAAGACGGCUGCCUUGCCUGACGGGGCCCCAUGGCCAAAGUCCUCCCCUCUACCGAAUGUUAGGCUUCCGCCUGAACCCACUCUUCCUUCUGUUGACAACGACGAACUAUUUGUGCCGCCUCCUCAACUCAAGAGAAGUCAAACGGCAAACAUGGACUUCUCCACACCUCUGCAGAGGAAGUUUGCGUCGCCUGCUGCACAGGAAGUUGAGCCAUAUCGUCCAAGUCUGGGUCGAACUCCGACUGGUCCUACUGGUAUCCAGAAUCAGCAGCGGACUGGCGAGAAUCAAGAUCCCCUGUCAAAGCCUCGGCCCACGGUUGAUACACAGUUCCAACAGAGUAAACAAGAGCCAUACUCUGCAUUCUCGACCUCCUCCUAUGGUCAAACGCCCGAGGACGUACUUCCCGUCUURAAAGCGGAUCAUCUCGUCGGUCCUGAUGGCUCAACCGCAAUAUCACCCGUAGCGGCAAAGCGUCGCGAAAUGAGCACGAGUGAGGGAAUGGUGCUGAGGAGAGCAAGUAUGCUGAUCCACGACGAUACUGAAGACGAUGAUCGCGCUUCGAGCAGUGUCGGACCACUCCAUUCUCUCACCUCACAAGCGUCAUACUCUUCUACGCAUGAGUACCAACCACAGGUCUACGAAGAACCUGUGGCCACACCUGCGACGGCAAGCACUUCAAGCAGCCUCAACCCAUUUGCCGAUCCAAAUUACACCUCACGACACACUAGACAAUCCUCACGUGAGCCGCAACAUCGACCGACGUCCAAGGCAAGCACCGAAGAUCGAGUGGUCCCGCAGGUUGUAUCUCCAGUGUAUUCGCAUCGGAGCGCAACCCGAGAAGAAAACCCUGCAGCACAACGGGAAUCGUACAGAGCCUUCAAUCCAUCGCAGGUAGUGUCUAGAUCUCCAGUACAGUCUGCAACAUCGGACAGAACCGGUACCUUCUUUUCCACGCCUAAUGGAUCUUCCAACAGCGUGAACGCUGUCCCACCCACCGCGAUGCAUGUCCGUAAUCAGUCGCGGGACGGGUACUUACAGCCGGCUGGAUUGCCCUCAAACCACUACAUGCAAUCGUCGGGACAUGGGCGGAACCAAAGUUCCUCCGAUAGAAACAGUCAUCAGGAGCGCUUCUCGGCCUCCACUGCGCCCCUAGCUCAGCCUCAACCUACAAGAUCACCCGUUGCACUCUUGCGACAUGAGAACAGGCAACGGCCACUUUCAGGGGCUUCUCACCAAUCGCUCGGACGUGAGGACGAUCCAGCUGCAGAGGCCGCAUACUCGGACUUUACGAGCCGCGUCUCGCAUAUGAGAGGAGUCUUUAGAUUGACGGCCGAGAAGGAGCAGCCAACCAGCGGCUGCACCUCGAUGAUGUGGCUGAGAGCAGGGCUGUGGUGGUAUUUGAAGGGCAAAGCCGGGCUAGAAAUCAUGUUACAGCAACGAGACCACCGGCCGUUGUUGUCGCAAGCACACGUGGAUCUUGGCAAGGCCAGCUGGAUCUUGAUGGACCAGCUUGAAAUGCACGACGAUGCUACCAACUCAUCUGAUCAAGGCGUUUCAGCGUUGAGGAAUCAUCUCAAGUCGCUCUCUCUAUCAAUGACCAAGAAUCAUCUCCUGCCUCCCGAGCAGUCUCUCAUACAAGGCCAGGAUACAUCGAUUUGGCUCCAGUACCCACGAUUCACAUCCGAUGCCGCGGCAGUGCUCGGUGGAAGUACCAGCAACUCAGUCAUCGUGGACGAACGCAACUCGAAUACGGUCUUGGAGCCGUACGAGCUCUUGCCACUUGGAGAUUCGCGGGAGUUCUUCUGCUAUGGUCGAUUCCCGGUCGAUGUAUAUAUCAACACGGACGAAGCCGACACAGAUCGUGCGCUCCUUCCAUGUAUCCUAACAGUCCUUCGUAGCAGACGAGAUUAUCAAACAAGCAUGACGAUCGCUAGUCAGAACCUGCUUGUCGGUAUAAAGAUUGAGCCAUUCCGCGAGGGCAAGCGAGCGUUGACGUGGUCGGAUGUGUCAUGGAAGCCUACUGGCGAUGGAUUUAGCAUUCGCCUACCGCGCAACUUCGACGCCGCGGUACAAAUGCAAGCUAGACACUGCCGAGAUGUAUGGAAUCUCUCGGAGUAUGCGCGCAAAGUAGAGCAUCAUCUCCAAGCGUCAAAUGAUGAGGUGCUCGUAUAUGAAGCCCGACUUGUGGAACUGCAGUACGCAGACUCCGCCAACUCAGGCAAUUUUCCUGCAGAGAAGAUGAGAGGCUGCAUGGUCUUCGUUUUCGAGAAAGUUGAGCAGCUUCGUGAUGGAAAUGGUCUGAGAAAGUUCAAUCGAGGCUUCAGGGUGGCAUUAAUCACUGAUCCGGGACACAAGACUCUCAGCGCCGUCGACAUGGACGUUGGGGCGGGAGCACCUGUGCUGUUCGAAUUCCUUACGUCUCCAGAUCCGGCGGCCGGAGUAGGACUAUUGUUGAGGAAGCGAGACGGCGCUCGGCAGUGCAGAGCGUUGAUGGUACUUCCAUCGGCAGAGGAACGAGAGCGGCUGUUUGGACUAUUAAAUGGAGCGCAAGCUGGAGUCGAUGACAUGGUCGUGGGCAGGACGGCGCUCGCUGGGCUGAGGAUUGAGGCCACGGAUCAAACCAGGUUCGCCGAACCCGAUGUGCUACAGCAUCUGCAGUGGUCGAGCUUGACGGUGUUCAAUACGAUUGACGACGAAACGGAGCAUCCCACGACUGUGGAGAGCGAUCAUCUACGUUUUGUCGCCAAGCACGCUGCUGGAACUAUCACCGAUCGUCUCAACCUCAGUAAAGGAGAACUCCUUCUCCGACUUAUUCCAAGCCUCGAAGGCUCUGUCAUUCAACUCUUACGACAACCGCAAGCAGAUAUGACUUUGACGGUCGAUACCAGACGUUCGCCUCAACCACUGGAGGACAAAUUUGCUCGUCUCCUGCAGACCGUACAGACAGAACCCACGCUUCGCACCUUGAAGUUUGCCUCGCAAUCCGACCUGCAUGCAUUCCAAAGAGCCAUUACGGGAUUCACAGUAUGCUUCGAUGGGAUUGCUAGUACAUUUGGCAUUUCAAGACGGAGGAUGGUGGUGCCAAUUUACAAGAAAUGGGAAGCUGUGGACGCGAGGGUGCAAGUCGUCUCCAAAGAUGGAAUCUACCAAAUCUGUGCUUUCAUGCAGGGCUUCAAACAUACGGAUGCCAUGUGUUUCCGAGUGAAAUCGACGGACGUGUUUGAGUCUUUUAGCGGGAAGAAGAGCUUCGGGGUGAAGUUUGUCGAUGCGAAGUUCACAUUACCGAAAGAAGAAGGGCGAGAGGAGCCGAAGAGGCUGUUUAUUAAUCUUGAAGGGCUGGACUAUGCGGAGGAACAUGAUGAUAUCUCUGUUGGGUUUGAGAGGGAAGAGGAUCGGGACCGGUUUGCCAAAGCGCUGCCGGCGGCUACGACGAGCGUUUCGAGAGGUCUUACGAUGAAGAGACGCAUAUGA